AUGCUGCGCCGCUCCGUCUUCCAGGCCGUGCGCGUCUCUCGCCUCAACCCCGCGUACCGGGCAAGCUCUCCGGUGCGGCAGACCUCGGCUGCCGUCUCAGUCCUGGCCCGCACAUACUCCUCCCCCUCCCCAGUGCGCGACUACGAGGCCCAGCUCCGCGGCAUGCUCGACCAGGCGGCGCGUAAUGUUGAGGCCGGGGUACGCGCGCCAGAGAGCGAUGACAAGAGCCUGCGUCUCAUCAUGGUGGCCAAGCCAGGCGCUGGAAAGGGCACGCUUAGCUCUCGCCUCGUCAAGAAGUACAACCUGAACUUUAUCUCGACAGGCGAUGUACUGCGGCACGAGAUUCAAGCGGGCAGCGAGCUCGGCAAGGCGGUUGAGAAGAUUGUGGCGGGUGGUGGCCUCGUCCCCGACGCGCUCAUGGUCGAACUCGUGCGCAAGGAGCUGGACCGGCAUGUUGGCGAGAGCUGGAUCCUCGACGGGUUCCCGCGCACCCUCAAGCAGGGGCGGAUGCUCAACGACGUGCUGACCAGCGAGGGCCGCCCGCUCAACCUCGUUGUCAACCUCAAUGUGCCCGACUCGAUCAUCCUCGCGCGCAUCAAGGCUCGCUGGGUCCACCUCCCAUCCGGGCGCGUGUACAACGACGACUUCAACCCCCCCAAAAACCCCGGCGUCGACGACGAGACCGGCGAGCCACUUAGCAAGCGCCCCGACGACACCCCCGAGGUCUUCACCAAGCGCCUGCGGAGCUACUACGAGGCGACCGCCCCACUGCUCGAGAUGUACGCGACCGAGUACCCCGACUGCCUGUACUCUCUGACGGGUAACACGUCGGACGAGAUCUGGCCGCAGCUCAUGGAGGUCGUGGCGCCGCUGCACGAGCGUGCAGGCGGGUAUGCCGCCGAGGCGGACAAGCAUGUUCGUGACGAGGCUGACGACCUGCGCGAUACCACCGAGGUGAAUGUUGGCGACAAGACGGCGCAUAUUCAAUAG